CGUGUCUGCGGCUGCGUUCCCCGAAAGACACGGCUGCACCCGGGUUCCCGUCCGCAGGGAAACCGAAGGGCACUGCUCCCCGCGCCGCCCCCGCCGCCUGGAGGCCCGGAGUCGCGGCAUCCCAGGGAUGCCGGUGUCCCAGACGACCCCCGCCCGCAGCCCCCGCCCCUUCCCGAGGCCCGCCUGGAGCAUGUUGCCUGCAGCCAUGAAGGGUCUCGGCCUGGUGCUGCUGGCCGCUCUGCUGUGCUCGGCCCCCGCUCAUGGCCUGUGGUGCCAGGACUGCACGCUGACCACCAACUCCAGCCACUGCACCCCGAAGCAGUGCCAUCCAUCAGACACGGUGUGUGCCACUGUCUGGAUCACAGAUCCCAGCAGCAGCAGGAAGGAUCAUUCCGUGAACAAGAUGUGUGCCUCGUCCUGUGAUUUUGUGAAGCGGCACUUUUUCUCAGACUAUCUGAUGGGCUUCAUUAACUCUGGGAUCUUGAAGGUGGAAGUGGACUGCUGCGAGAAGGAUCUGUGCAAUGGGGCGGCACAGGCAGGGCGCAGCCCCUGGGCGCUGGCCGGGGGGCUCCUGCUCAGCCUGGGGCCCGCCCUCCUCUGGGCUGGACCCUGAGGCCCCCUCCCCACCGCAGGGCUUCCGAGCUUGUCCCCCCACACCUGAGCCCGGGGCUGCCCCCUCCCCAGCCUGGCCUGGCUGGCACUGGGGGCAGCCUUGGCUCCGCUCUGCGGCCUGUGGCUCCCGCCCGCCCCAGCUGUGAGAACUCCCUGUCUCCCCACCAGCUCCAAGUUGCAGCCACAGGACAUCUCCAAGGACCAGGCACCCGGCAGGAGGCUGGGCCCCUGGGUCCCUGAGGGGAAGCCGGGCCCAGCCCAACAGCUUGGCUGUGAGGAUAUCUGCAGAGAAAUAAAAUCACUUCUGAGCCUGGAGACCCGGGUCUGAGCCUGGGUGGGAUUUUGGGGAGGGAGGGGUUCCUGGCAGAGAAAGUGCAGGUGAGCGUGGGUCCUCUGGGGGUUGCCAGGGGACUGUGGGCCUGGAAAGGUUUGGGAACAGCCUGAGGGGCAGUGAGUGUUGGGCUGAGCAAGGUCACAGGGUGAGCCUGAGGGUGAGGCCUUGGAACCGUGUAUGCACACACUAGGGAGAUGGACACACCAGACCCACACCCAUGUCCACUGAGGGCACACUCCCCGCCACACCACACUCAUGCCCCCCAUGCACUCCCACACUGACACAUUUGUGGCACAGCAGCUCCUGAAUCGGUGUGCCCCAGCACAGGCAAACCGCACAGGUCCAGGUGUGUGUGCAGAUGAGAACACACAGACACGGCCCUGUGUGCAGGUUUCCACGUGCCCUUUCCCGCUGGGGGUGGUCCGCUCCCCAAAGGCCAUCAGGACUGUUUCAGGCUCAUGUGCCGGGAGUCUGCCACAGAACUAGGCACAGUCACAUCCCCACUCUGAGUCGGGUGCCGCCACAGGUAGGGUCUGGAAGGCCAGUCCCCCAACCAGGGUCUGCGGGAUAGCACGGAGGGACUGGGUGCUUCAGGUGGGAGGAGGCAGGGAGGGCCCCUGGAGGUUGACCCGAGAGUGCAGCUUCUCCCAGCCUUCUCGGCUCCAGCAGUGGGCCCUCUGUUCGUCCCUGCACCCCUGAGUCCAGCCGGACUCUGCACCCCUUGGCCACGUGAGUUAUCUCAUGGCCCACGCUCACCACGUGAGGCUCCGCAGCCACUCCAGGCUUUCUCUGGGGUUUGGUCCUUGGCCAGUUCCUCUUUAUCCCUCUGUGGCUGACCCAGCCCAUGAUCACUCCUGGGUCCUGCACCAUCUGGAAUGAAUGGUAAUGAUGAAUGAAUGAUCUCUCCCCAGGGCUGGCCCUGGCCUUCCUCCCUGGGCUUCUCUGCAAGCAUGACGGAGAGGGGUCUGGAGGUCCCGGGGGAGUGAACCGGGGGAGAGUAGGGUCGGUGGAUACUGGUCGGUGUCAACUUCCCGCUGGUGGAGACGCCGAGGGGCUUGUCGGAGGGUGUCUCCCACUCCGCUUUAAGUUUGCUCUGCUGCUCUGCGAUGUACCCCUCCCCCAAACCUCAGUAAAGUGUGCUACCCACUGA